AUGGGCAACAAACAACAUCACCACAAACAACAAGACGAGGAUGCAACUUGUUGUUUCCAAAAUUUCCCACAUCUUGUAGAAGCCAAUAGGCUGUAUAGUAACAUGGUGGUUCUCUUCGAUGAUGAACCACAAUAUAGAUAUGACUUUUUUGAUCGAAACAAACAAUUGCUUGAAUUUCAUAUCUUGAGGCAAACCAACUGUGAACUGAUCAUGCAGCUUGGGGAAUGCAAGACAGUAUAUCAAACAAUUUUUUCUUACAUGGGAGCGAGAGAUCUGAUGUCUCUUUCAUUAACAUGUCGUCUAAUGUUUCUGUAUUGGACCAAAGAUGAUGAAUUAUGGAGGACUAUCAUUCCAAGCUCUGCGAAAGCCCAUCUCCUUGCAGUUCAACCCUUUGACUACUCUAUCUUUGGAAUUCGAUCGUGGAAAGAUUGUUGCAAACAUUUAUAUUGCAAAGAGCUUUGGAAGCGUCUUGAAUCUCAAUAUGAAUUUGUUGAUGGAUCCAUGUGUAGUAAUAGUAGUAAUGAUGAUGUACCUACAAGAACGUCAAAACGUUUUUCUCGAGCCUUCUCAAAGCCAACCAAUGACCUUGAAGAAUUUAGAAUUCAUUUCAUUUGUGACGAACAGAAACAACGCAUGUCUCGAUACUUGCUAACACUCUUCAAACACUGUAAAGAGCCCUUUCAGGAAGAUUUAUUUGCCUUUAAUAAGAGGAGCAGUAGGCGAUUCUUAGACCGUAGAGUCACCCGAAUCAGAGAACUGCGAUUCGAUCGCUCACCUAUGACUUUUGAAAUUCAAUGUCUUGUGGGAGCAAGUUCAAGACCAAAUUGUUCAUGUAAAAUAGCUUGUAUUGACUUAUCAGAGACGGUGUAUGAUAAUUUCUUGUCACAAUCGAAUGAUAAGGGUGAUCACGAGCUUGUUGAAGAGUACUGUAAGAGAGAUAUCGAUUGUGGAGAGGCUCUUUGUGAAUAUUUGAAACAGCUUACUGAUGAUUCAAAUUGUGGUGCUGUCAAACCUGGCAGUAUGAUUGUUUGUGGCUUGAGUUAUUCGAAGAAGAAUGAAAUUAACCCUAAAAUGAAAUUACUGGCCAAGGCUAUUUCUCGUUGUUACAACUUGCCCUAUCUUGAAAUUGAUGUAGGAAAGAACCCAUACAGAAGAGCAUUGCUGUUUUAUUACUCUGCUUUUUGUCAUUCAAAAAGAAUCACCUCUCCACAGCUAGCAUUCUUGAGAACAAAUAAUUUGGACGAUGAAUGGCAAUAA